GUGAAGAUCGUCAAGUCACAUUUGGUAAAAAGAAAGAAAAUAAUCCCAUUUUCUCAAUACGUGUCAUUGCCAAGCGAGUGAUCGAGGUUGAUAGGAAGGAACAUAACGGUAAUGUAUAGAUAUUGCUCUAAAUGUAGUUCGUAUUGACACAGAAUUAAACAAUAAAAUAAAAUGUGUAGGUAACAGCUCUCAGAUGAGAGCGAUGGCGCCCCAUUGCAGUGCACCACUACAUCAGGAGACAGCUUCAGGAGACGUCCAUGCCAAGCCUCAGAACGGUGUGGACAACAGUCUUGACAGAAUAAUGAUGUACUACCUCAAUGACGGAGUGUACGGCUCCCUGAGUUGCCUUAUCAAUGAUGCUGCCCACACCCAGGUUGAGCCCUACCUGAACAGGGUUGUUGAGAGCAGCGAGCAGAGAUACCGGUCUGUUCUCUGGGGUCCGACCUGCGACAGCAUCGACAAAGUGGCCGAGAUGUGCUGGAUUCCUGAGCUGCAUGUGGGGGACUGGCUUCUCGUGGACAACAUGGGCGCUUACUCCAUUUGUUUAUCCACAGACUUCAACGGCUUUGAGAGAGCUCGCAUUUACCCUGUUGUGACAGCUAAGACGUGGCACACUUUGAACCUUUCUGCCUUCUACCACCUCCACCAAUGACCUGGGAACACUUCUAUCUAUCCAUUCUAUCAAUGCAUUGUUGGAGCAAUACACCUCAGACCCUGUGACAGUGCCUUUGUGGUGGUCGAGGACAUGUCUGAUGUGGAAAUAUGCUGUUCUGUUGUUCAUGUCUGCCUGUCCUGCUUGUAUGGUGUGUGAUGCAGUUAGUCAAUCAUGUUUUUUAGCACUGACUGUUUUCUAUUCCACCUUCAUUUCAGAUCAUGUAACAUACAUGUCACAUGAUCUGAAAAUAAAGUUUUUAAAAACAGGACCGAUUCAUUGUCAGGUGUGAUCAGCUCUUACAACCGGCACAUGUUAAUAAUUCUCCAGCUGUUUCUAAACGCUUGAAAUGUUCUGAAACCCUUUACUUUGAUUGCUCACUACUUUAUAAAAGAGAUUUUAAACUUUUAUAGUUAUUCUAUUUCCUACGCAGGUGGCUGGAAACAAUCUACAGCAUAUCCUUGCUCAUUUAGAAAAAAAUAAACAAAUUUUGCUGUGUAACAAUUUUAGACAUUAUUUUGUAUAAUAAAUAAUUUGAAUUCAAAAAAUUAAAACAGUUAUAAAGCUCCAAAUGUUAAAAUGAUAUCCGGUUACAAUUUUGAAAAAACUGAACCUUUUUUUCUGGCAAUUGUGACACCGUAUUUCACAGUGAACAAGGUUCCUUUCUUUCUCCACGACAGAAAAAAGGGAAACACCACUUCUUUAUUGACCUCAUACUUUCCACCACU